GCUAGGUUGUGUCUGUUACAGUCAAACAAAAUCAAACAGUAGGGUAGUUUAAUUAAAAUCCAAUAUUUUAUUAAUAAAUAAACGACUAAAAGUUUGUACUAUGUUCAGUGAUAAAUGAAAUUUAACAGUGCUGUUUUAAAAAUACGGUCUUUUGGGCCAUGCAGUGUAUUUUGCGGAUGAGAAUAUUCUGACCGUAAAGAUAUUUAUAAAAAUGGGAAAAUUAUUGAGUCUUUUAUCGCGUGACGAGUCGCAUUGCUGCUCGUCGCCUCGAUAUGAUAUAUUCUUGGAUUUCGAGAAUGCCGCGCCCACAAUGACCGAACGCGAUGUUUACGACGAUGUCCAAAGAGUCCUGUUAGAAUCCGAGAAGAUAUUAGAAGAGAUACAGUGUUAUAAAGGUGCCGGGAAAGAGAUAAGAGAAGCUAUAGCAGAUCCAUCGAGGAUAUCCCAGGAGCGUGCUUGGCGCGCUGUGAAACCCCUCGUAGAUAAACUACUGUGCUGCUACAACCACUCCCUUAAGCUUCAAAGGGUGGUGCCCCGAUUGCUGGGUUCCCUGGUGGGAGGUGCAAUGAGUCCCACGCAACACCUUGAACAACAGCAAGCUCUUGUCAAGCAGUUCGCGGAGAUACUCGAGUUCGUUUUGAAAUUCGACGAAUAUAAAAUGAAAACUCCGGCGAUACAGAACGACUUCAGCUACUACAGGCGAAGCGUUUCGAGAGGUGGCAUCAUCAAUUCGGACCUCCCGCCGGGCGAGGAGCCUCACAUAACCGCAGAGGUCGCCAACAGAAUGUCAUUGUUCUACGCUCAAGCCACUCCGAUGUUGAAGGUGUUGUCCGAAGCCACUAGUCAAUUCGUCAAUGAUAAUCAACAGGACUUGGAGAAUACAACUGAAACACUCAGCACGAUGGCAAAAGUGUGCUUGAGGAUGCUUGAGAAUCCGAAACUAGUCGCUCAAUUUAGUCGCGAGGAAACAUCGCUUCUAGUACUUCGUGUUAUGGUCGGUCUUAUAAUACUCUACGACUGGGUACACCCGUCCGGUGCCUUCUGCCGCUCCUCCUCCGUUGACGUGAAAGGCUGCGUCAAGUUCCUGCAACAGCAACCACCGACGAAGGCCGAACCACUCCUAAAUGCCCUCAGGUAUACCACGAAACAUCUGAACCACCCGUCUACUCCAAAGAACAUAAAGAGUUUGUUGGCGGCGUGAGGGCAGCACUCGAGCCUUGCAUGUUGCUGUGGGGAAUGACAACGACAAUAAAUAAAUACGCGGGAAGUUCUCAUUACAUAAUCAUAUGGUACGUAUAUACAAAUAAAAAGCGUUUGUUUUGCAUUGUUAUUGUAUUUAUACACCUAAUGUUUUUUGAUUACCGAAAAUAAAUGAAUGUCGUUAUACUGAACGAGCUCGUGAAGAAACAAUUUUUAAAUUGAUAUCCAUAAAUUAGCCCACAAACAAAAAGAAAUAGUUGAUCAUAGAUUAAUUGUAUAAUUUUUCGAUAGGAUAUAUAAAUAAUUUUUUUUAACGUAAAUUAUAUGUCUUUAUACUGUUUUUAUUUCACUCGUCUCGUGUUACAGAAAUGAAAUUCAUAAAAACGCAUUUUCAAAAUUAAAUUAUGAAUAUUUAAAAUUGUUGUUUUGCUCUCAGUACAUAUAUAAUCUGUUACAUCAAUUACGACUGUUUAUUAGUUUAUUUUUGCGUAAUUAAAAAACAAUGGUGUAGUGUUUAUGUAAUCUUUGUGUUGUGUUGGAUUUGCUCUUGUUCAAUAUUAUAUUUGUGUAACUUGAAAUAAAUUAAUUAAAAUUAUUAAGUUAAAAAAAUACUCCCUUGCUGAUCCAGUAUCAAUCACCAAAUGAUGCUAGAAAUAUUGAACACCAAUUCGAGGUUUACAUUAUGCAACUAAGUUCACCAUUUGAUCAGGUCUAUGGAAUGAUUCACAGAAAAUUUUCACUUCUGUGAUUUCUCACUCCAAUCUGUCACCUAUUAUGAGAAUGAGUAUAAAGAAUAAGUUAAAAUCCAAUACAGAUUUGUUAGCUUAUAGAAUCGUUUUUAAUACUGUUUUUUUUUGAAAUUUCAUUCAUUCCUCGAGUGCUAAAAUGUUAAAUCUAUGAAGGUCGUUAGAUUUAAGGCGACCUGAGUAAUGAAUUAAAUAAUUUUAUUAUAUUAUACAUUUAUUAUAUUGCUCAUGUUCUAAAUGUUUAAAAAAUUAUUAUAAAGCAAAGAAUUUACACGUAUUUUCAUAUACUAUACUACGUUAUAUUUAAUUUGUAUGGCUUUAAAAAAGCAAAUGAAACUGAGGAACUCUCCCCUUCACAGCCCCAUGUGCAAGGCUACCUUUAGAUAGUAUUUAUUACCAAUAGAUCGUUAGGCUUUAUAUCUUUGAGGAUAUCAAAUAUUUGCGUUGCUAUUAAAGAUAUUGUCAUCAUUAAUAAUUUCUAGUACCAUUCGAAAUUGUUUGAUACUAAUUGUUACUGGCAGAUGCACAAGUGUUGUAUUUGUAAAUUUAAUUAAUAAAUGAUGAAACUUCUGAGAACUACUUUUUUCAGAUAACAUGUAUCUCGUUUAAAAAAAAUUUGUAUCAUAUACAUAGUAUGAUGAACUAUCAUAUAGUAUCGGUAGCCUGGUAAUUUUGAUGGCUAUUCGAAAUAAAAAUUUGCAUAUUUGAUGCCUUCAAAGAUGUCCGUCUUAAACUCGUUUUUUUUUAAAUCUAGAUACAUCCUCUGAUUGUAUACUUUGAUCUAUUGAAUUGUAAACUAGGAAAAAAUUAAUAGAGGACUAUAAACUUACGAGGAAAUUGAUAAUAUUAAUUUCGCCUUUAUGGGUGACGUCAGAAACUAGUAUUAUAAGGAGGCUUAGAAGUUUAAAUAGUUAACAUAAGUGAGAAAGUAUUAUAUUACGAAGUUAUAUAUAUAUAUUAAUAAAAAUGCCUUGGAAUUUAAAUCAUCUGUUAUGAAUGUUAUAUAAAUCGAAUAAUAAUAUGUACUCUAAUUUUAUUUGUAUUUUAAUGUUGUUUUCGAGACAUGAAACGUAAUACCUAUUAACAUAGAUUAUAUAUAAUGAGGCUAGAAUGAACAAUCCAAUCGUAAUUUUCUUUAGCUAUUUAGUAUACUAGUUUUAAUUAUAUUAAAACAUAACACAUGAUUUUUUUCUUUUCUUGAAUGUAUGAUAUUCGUUGAGAAUUUAAAAGUGCAAACUAUUCAUAGCGAAUGCAAAGAAUAUUCCAUUCAUGGUCAAUGAUAAUACAAUAGUAAAAAAAAACUAUCAAAGACUGAUGUAAAAUAUUAAUUUAAAAAAAUUAUAAAACAAAAUUCACAAAUAUAUAAGAUCUUCAAGAUUGUACUCCGAUCAAAAUUACACUAAAUGACGGUCCACCUAUUUUUUAUCGUUCUCCAAUUUAAAGUAUCUAAAAGUUAUUAACGAACUUUAACAAAUAUUUCGUCGAUUAAAUAAAACCGUUGUACCUAUAUUAAAAAGAAACAAAUAUCUUGUUUUAUUCUACCGACUUGUUUCUGAAUUUAAGCUUUAUACAAAAUUAGAGAUUUAAAAAAAUAUAUAUUUUCUACACGGUUCACUCAGGUAGGUACUCCGUUAAAUAAUUAAAAAUAAUUAUUAAUAUUAUAUUAGAUAAAUAAUUAAUUACAUAAUAUACUCUCCCACAACUAUUGUUAUAUUUUAUAAGAAAUUGUAUUUGUUUUAUGUACCAACUAAUUUUCAUUAGUGAAAAACUGUUCUUGUAACUCAAAGUCAAAUGACUGAAAACUUUAAAAGUAGCAUUUAUAAAAUUUCAUUGUAUGACUAGAUUGUAUAAUAAGAAAAAAAUACUUAAUAAAUAAUAACGCUCAAAAUUACUUCUCCAUAAAAAGUUCUAAAGAGUACUAGACUGCCUGAUUUUAACAGAUUUUAAUAAAUAAAUGUAGUUAUUUCAAAUUCCAUUAAUAUAUGUAAUGAUUUUCAUUUUAACUUAAUAGCCUUUUAUUCUGUAGUUAAUAUCAAAUGUAACAUUAAAAAUGCAUUUCUAAAUAUUUAUCUACUUUAAUAUCGUUGUUUAUACUACAAUAUAUUAUUGUCACUGUAGCACAAGGUUUUUUUUGUGUAGCAUAGUAAAUUAGUAUCGUUAUGUAAAUUAGCAUAAUAUAAUAGAUACAUAUUUGCACUAUCAGCACAAUAUUUUAUUAGUUCUAUUAUACACACUGAAAUUUUUAUAGAAUUGUAAGUAAGAUUUUGCAGUAUGCGUGUUACAUUGACACUCCAAAUUGCAUUUACUUAGGAAUUGAUGAAGUUAAUUGAAGAAUAAGAAACAUUUAUGUAAGUCACUGCCCAGAAGCCAAAAAUUUUGUAUAAUCCUAUUUUUGUGAGUACUUCUUUUUGAUUUUCCUAUUAAACUCCAUGAUGAGUCUAAGAGUAUUCUGGGUUAAUGCAUGUCUUGAGUUUCGUUAGUAUAAGUACCCUAAUCAUGAAAAGUGCAUAUUAGGGCCGUUUUAGCAAUAUCUGCCCUAAAGAGUUUCAAAUUUCUACAUUUUCUGUUAGAAUAAUAUACAACUAUCACAUUUUUCAUUUUACUUUACCAUAAUAUAUACAUAACAUUAACAGAUAAGUAUUGUUGAAAAUUGUACUUCAUUAUAAAUUUUGUUAAUAAAUUAUGCAUGUUUGUAUGAUAACUAUUGUCUGUUUUCUUUAGUUAUCCUAUUUGUUGUAUAUAAAACACACCAAAGUUAUGUAAUUUAAUAAAAUUUAAUAGACACUUGUAUUAAA